UCCUCUGAGACUGACAGCCCGUUAGCUGCUGCUGCUGCUCACCGGCAAUGAGACAGCAAACACGGACGUGAUACGACAACCUGAGAUGGACUUAACGAGUACUUUUUACCACUACAAAGACGGAUAUUAUUUAACACCGUCGUUCAUUAAGAGCAGAAGGUGUCUCUGACUCAUUUUUUGGUCUCUGAGGUGUAAAACGAGACUCGACGUCCGGGAGAAGGAAUGGAUGCGACGGCUGAUUUCCUGCGACACGCACCGGCCAGCUAAGAGGCUUGCAGAUUCGCGUUGAGGAGCGGUUGAGUGCAGCUGAAUUUGCUCACGGUUUGCCUUAUUUCUCCGUUCUUAAAGUGGCAGCAAUAUCCUCAAAAAUACAGUCGUAAUCGGGAGGGUGAAAGGAUACACGAAGUUCCAGAGGAGCGUAUCUAAUCGACCCAGCGCAGCUUUAGCUAGCCAGCGGCUACCUGGAUUUCGCAUUCUGUUGAUUUAUUUUGUAAUCGAUUAUAGUGUUGUUUUUAUUGUCAUGCAGCUUAGCUCCUGCAGAGUUAGGAAGAGGAACACCGCCUGCAAGCUUGGGUUUUAGCCUGACUGCAGCUGGGAGCGUUUGGCUUGUGUGUGUGUGUGUGUGUGUGUGUAUAUGUGUUUGUUUGUUUUUCAAGGCACGUUAAUCACGUGACUUUUCACUUAUGGCUCGCUAUUUGCGCUAGCUAGUAGGCAGCGCAGCUUUUUGGCCUCGAGAAACUCUUUCAGCAUAAAAAAUGCACCACCAAGACUUCCCCGGAGACCUGUCCGGGACCGGGAGCCGGAAAACCGCUUACCACUACAGGAGAGGCAGCAGCGGGGCGCCCCCAGCCUCCUCCGCUGCCGGUGUCAGCGCAGUGGACGACAAUCCAACCCAGGUUGGAUCCUCCUCUCCUGGACUCCACCAUCAGCCUCAGUCCCAAGUGGCUGGAGCUCAGGUGAAGAAGAAAAGCGGCUUCCAGAUCACAAGUGUCACUUCUGCUCAGAUAAACGUUAGCGGCAACAACAGCUUGGCAGAUGAUACUGAGAGCUACGACGACAUGGAUGAGUCCCACACUGAGGACCUGUCCUCCUCUGACAUGCUAGAUGUGUCCGUGUCAAAGGCCACGGAUACGGGUGUGCCGGAGAGGAGCUCCUCUGAUGAGACUUUGAACAGCCUCCAUGGAGUCGACACACCUGGACUGGUGUCACCCAAUGAGCCUCUCCAGCCUCAUUCUAUCCCACAGGGGUCUCAGCAUCACCCCUCUAUGGUAAACGGGACUGUGCAUCAUCAGUACUACCCUCAGCAGCACAGCCAGGCCCACCAUCAUCACUCUGACAGCUUAGGAGGAGGUGAAGCAUCACUGCCAACACUUCCCAUUGCUCCUUUGGCAAGCUCCAGCCCAUCUAUAGCUUCCAAAGUUGGUCUUAACCAGCCUCAGAGGCCACCAGCAGUGUUUGAUAACACUAAAACUGCAGGGGGGGCAAGCCAGCCUGCAGCCUCUGUUGUUGGUGGGGCAGCCACUGAUCCACUUGUACAAGGCAGUGUGAACAUUUCUACUGUGUCGGCUGUUGCUGCUGCUCCAGGUUUUGAUAACACUAACAUGGGUGGGCAGGUGGCUCCUGUUGGUGGAGGAACUGGUCCAUCUGCUGCUACUGCUCCUCCUCCCAGCACUCAGACUCACCACACCCAAACUCAGACAGCCACCGGCUCUCGCUUCAGGGUGGUCAAACUAGACACAAACUCGGAGCCGUUCCGCAAAGGGAGAUGGACUUGCACAGAGUAUUACGAAAAGGAGGUUCCUCAUCCUCCUAUGGCGGAGGCAGCAAAAGGUGCAGAGGUGGUUGCAGACCCUGAAGCAGGUAAUGCUGGGAUCAGUCCAGGUGUAGCUGCCGUACAGCUCCCUCACACCGUGCAGCCCUAUCAGCCACCAAGCCAGGACUUCACUAGUCCACAAGCCAUGCAGAGUCCACUGCUGGGACUGGGACUGGCACAAACCACACCUGUAACCUAUGUUUCACCUCAGGAGGUUGUUGUAGGGAAGCCAGCGGUUCCUGUCAGUAUCCCUCCUGCAUCACCACAGGUGACACCACAGACUGGUGUAAGCCAGCCUCCACUAGUAAAACCCCAGCAGCCCUAUUCUGUGGAUCCUCUACAGCCUCAGCCACAGGGAGGGUAUCCUGCACCUCAGCUCCAAACGGGGGUCAGACAACCAGACUUUAUUCAGCCCACCGCACCUUUCCAGACACAAGUCCAACCUCCACUGCCGCAUGCCACGGCUAUAGUCUCUGUGACGCCACUGUCAGGGGUCACGGUGCAGCAGCCCAUAAGCAUUACCCAGCAGCUGCCCCAUCAUGGUCAGGUUGCCCCAUCUGCUACAGCAACCAUUGCCGCAGGACAGCCCCAGACCCUCCCAGCUCCACCUCAACCCCAGAUUCGUCCACAGCCACAAACCCAACCCCAUUCUGCUGGCACCAUCACCAUAGCACCCACCCACGGGACCCCCUACAUGCCUCUGACUGCGCUGCAAGCUGAUCUUCAGCCCAUCCUCACGCCAGGCACAACCUUCACCCAUGUUCCUGCCAUAACAGCGUCCCAGCUGGAGGACGCCCAGAAGCUUCUGCUCCAGCACCAAGGUCUGCUCGGGCUGCCCAGGCUGGGGGCUGCAGCAGGUGGAGACGGCGUCGCAGAAGCUGGCAGUGCUGCUGGAACUCUGGCCCACAUGGGGAUGUCCGCUGAGGCCAGUGCCUUCAUGGUGGCUGCAGGCCUGAGAACUCAUCAUGGUGAAGGAGAGGAGGACAGGUGA